UCAAAUCACAUACAACACAAAAAGAAAGAUAGCUUAGAAUCUUCAUUCUUCAACCAUUUCUUCUCAUUUCCCAUUUCCCAUCUUCAAACCAGAAACACAACCACCAUGGUGCAAAGAAAGCACACCCUCCUCCAUCUCCAACCCGUCCACACCCAUCACCAUGACUCCGCCACGAAGAGCCCUCGCGGCGCUGACCUCAAGGCCAAGAAGAUGAAGAAAUCCGCCCCUAUCAAGCGCCCCAAAGCGGCGACGCCCAACUACAUGAAGCCCACCACCAGCUCCGACGCCAGAAAGGAGCAACCGCAGUCGAGAUCACCAUCCCCGUCGAGCAAGAAAAGCGCAACGAAGCCGAGCUUCAAACCCUCUAGUAAGACCGUUGAUGCAAAGACAGCUACAUGCUCCUCCACCUUGAAAGACUCCAAGUUUCCUCCUUUUCUUUCCCUUAACAAAAAAGGCCACUCUGAUAUCAAAGUCUGCCCCUACACCUACUGCUCCCUCAACGGCCGCCGCCACCCGCCCCUGAGUUCCUUCAUCUCGGCUGCCAGGCGGGCCCGAGCACCCCCUGCUCGACCCGAUGAUGAUCCUUUCUUCGUUGAAAUUUACACGGCCCCGCAAGAGCGAGUCUCUGAUCAGGAAUCCUUCGACGAUGAUAACACUUGUAUGGAUUGGGAGAGUGGUUAUGGAUACGGCGUGCUUCUGCAAUAUGAUUACAAAGCAGAGGAUGCAAUGGAAAUCAAACACGAAUUUGUGGAGGAAAAAGUUGUCUGCUUCGAUGAGGUUUUGAUUGAUGAAGCCGCGCAGGAGUCCUUUGAUGAAAACGGCGGCUUCGACUCUAAUUCCUUUUCUAGCAGCGAAAUUUCAACACCUCUUCAAGAAGAAGAAGAAGAAGAAAAAGGAGGAAGAAAUGAAGAAUAUCUGGUGUGUGAUGCCUUUUCAAGCAGAGAAAUUUCAACACCUCUUCAAAAAGAAGAAGAAAAAGAAGAGAAAGGGGGAGGAAGAAAUGAAGAAAUUUCUUCAUUAGAUGUUGUAAUUAAAGAAUAUCUUCCAAAAGAGGACAUGAUUACUCUGCUUCAGUUUGCAGCUAGCUCGAAGAAGAUAGCAGAGGAAGGCGAUGAAGCGGUAGGUUUCAAUCCACGAGCACCGAAUUUCCUGGAUGUGGAGGAGGAUGCGGAGGGGGAGAGGGUUGAUCUGAGGCAUCAGGAUGUGAAUGAGAGGAGGAACUCAGAGGAAUGGAUGGUGGAUUAUGCACUAAGACAAGUGGUGACGAAGCUCGCCCCUGCUAAGAAGAAGAAGGUUGCUCUGCUUGUUGAGGCAUUUGAGAGAGUCAUGCCAUUGCCAUUUGAUCACCACUUGACCCAGUUUGAUCACCCAAGGUCUAUGCUGGCUUGCAGCUGAUCAGGUAACAUGUUUCUCUGUGUUGAACAAUAAGUUUAUUCAGAGCAAUCUGCCUAAGUUUGUCUGCUGUUUUGUUUACUUUUUAUGUGUAGCCUUGAGCUAUUUGUGUCCUGUUAUAAGCUGAUGUUUGCUGGUUUUUUGUAAACUCCAAAUCCACUGUCUUAGUUGGAGAGUUGAACUAAAUCUAUGUUUUGGUUAAAAUGUUAACAUAUGCUUACACUAGCAUCAAGAAAAAGUUUUACCAGCCAA